AUUCAAUAUUUUUAUACGCGUCACAACAAAAUUAUAGAAAUUGGGAAUUUUAAUUUGGUGUACAACAACAUUAGAAAGUUGUCUAUGAUUGUUAUUUCACUUUGGUUCCGAUGUCGAAAUAACAGUGAAAGUCAUUAGAAACAAUAAAAAAUUCACGAAAAUGAAUAAAUUAAAAUCGUCACAGAGAGACAAAGUUAAAAAGUUCGUCGCGUUUACGCAGACGAGUGAGAGCACGGCGAUAUACUGUUUGUCUCAAAAUGACUGGAAACUGGACUUGGCGAGCGACAACUACUUUCAGAACCCAGAGGCUUACUACAAGGACCCCGUCAAGGCGUCCGUGGACAGAAAGAAGCUCGACCAACUGUUUACAAAGUACAAAGACCAACAGGAGAACGACAAGAUCACUGUUGAUGGUGUUAUGAAGUUUUUAGAAGACCUUAAUUUAAGUCCUGAGUCAAUUCUAGUUCUUAUAAUAGCAUGGAAGUGUAAAGCAGCUGUGCAGUGUGAGUUCACGAAGGAUGAGUUCAUAACUGGUCUCAUAGAGCUUGGAGUGGAUAGCAUAGACAAAUUAAAAGGAAAGUUAGCAACCCUGGAGACAGAAAUAAAGGAUCAAAAUAAAUUCAAAGACUUUUAUCAUUUUACAUUCAAUUAUGCAAAGAAUCCGGGACAGAAAGGUCUUGAAUUGGACAUGGCGAUAGCCUAUUGGAAUAUAGUGCUCCGUGGGAGGUUUAAGUUCCUAGAUGCUUGGUGUAAAUUUCUCACGGAGCACCAUAAAAGAUCCAUACCAAAAGACACAUGGAAUCUACUGUUAGACUUCGCGACACAGAUCGACGAUGGCAUGAGCAACUACGACGCGGAGGGCGCGUGGCCGGUGCUCAUCGACGACUUCGUGGAGUGGUGCCAGAAGCAGGGUCUGACCGCGGACGCGGUUAAAGCGAUGGAACCGGCGUCUGGCUAGCUGAGCUUGCACAGGCGAGAGACGGCGCGCGAGCACGUACACGAGGCCCCCUCGGCCCGGUCCAGGGUGGCCGCCUGCUGUACCUACGCCGCGCUGCUGCUCUCCCGCUUCGUGCUCUACGGUCUCGAGCUGUGUACAGUCGAGUGGCUCGCUAUCCUAAUAGUUUUCGAGUUGUGUAGCUGACUAAAUCGUGACGUGACAAGAGUGAACGUUGCUGGGAAUUUCAUUUGGCAUCGUGAAUCUGGAAUCUGGAACUCUAGUCGGCGAGGUUCAUUCGGAUACGUGUUCGAGUUUCAAUAGUUUGUAGGUACGGUUAUGAUCGAGAGUGUUUACUAAGUGCUGUCAAAUAGAAUGUUUCUUGCCAAUUGAAAUUUCCAUGUGUAAGUUAAUCUUCACUCAACUGUAUAUAGCUCUCGUACUAUUCGUCCGUUAGGUAAAUUCUUGUUGACCUGUCUUAACAAACUAAAUGACUAGGAUGAGGUUUUGUUCAAUAAUUAAAAGUUAUUUAUAAUAAGAAUUUUUCAAAAAAUAUUUCUGAAUUUCUCAACUUUGUUUUCUUACGUUAUAGAAUAGUAUGCCGUUUAAAAUUUAAGAUGUAAAUAUGUAUAUACACAUUAAUGAUAUUACAUUUUUUUUAAUUAUAACAAGCUUAGAUUUUCUGUUUUAGUUUUUUUAGCUUCCCAAUUUCGACAAGAUGAUUGUAAUGCCGAUAUAUUGAUUUCAACAACAAUAAUUAUAUUAAUUCAAUUAUUUGCUCAUUUAUUUGAUGUUGGAAUUGUCACGAAGUGUUAUACGCCUAAAGUGAAUUUAUUUUUAUUUAAUUAGUAUCGGGUAGAGUGCAAUUUUGACACGAAUAAAUGUGCAAUAAGGUUCAAUUUUCUGUCACCUUCAACUCUGGAUUGUUGUAUGUUAAUCUUGAAGUAACAAUUAAUUCGGUACCUACACAUUCGAACGAUGUUUGUGCAUUGUAUAGAAGUUGAUGGUAGAUUCCAAGUCACAUAGAAGGUAAUUAAGGUCUAGUUCACAUUAAAAUAUAAUAUAGAGUUGUGCACAUCACAGGAGGGUUGCUACCUCAGAGGAAUUGACAGUUUUCUAAGUAAUUUGACGAUAGAUACACGUAAACAAGUGACUAGAUGUAAUUGACAAUGAUAAGACAUUUUUCUACUGUAAAGGACGACCAAUGAUUGUCGUUAUUGAGAAUCAGAUAUAAAUAUAAUACAAAUCGGAACCACUGAAGAGCUAUUCAAAUGAUAACAAGGAGGUUUGAGUGCUAAACGCUUCAUUUAAUAUUGUACAGAUAAAAGUAGGUCAACCUACUCCUUUCUGCAAUUUAUUAGAUUUUCAACUUUAUUAUAUUCCUAUAUAAAGUUGAAAAUGCAAUAAUCAUUUUACAAUAGGAGUAGUUUGAGCUGUGCUGUCUCUGCCUAAACCUACCUACUUGAAAUGAACGACGUAUGUUCUAGAAUCGACAAUACGGUCUUAUUAACAUCGUAGAUAAUAUGCCAAUUCUUAUUAAAACUGGUCAAACCAAAUGCAGCUGUAUUGUCGUGGCGUAACUAUGUAUAAAUCGUUCUGUUUCAUCCAAAAAUCGUUUCUAUGAGCUUCAUAAUAAGAGUCUUUUUUACUUGUGAGCAUUUUGUUUCUCUAUAUCUCUAUUACCUGGGCGUAAUUCAAACAAAAUUGAAACUUAAAUAAUAUACAGUAAAGUCUAUUUUCGUGUGAGGUUAACGGUAAUUUAAAAGUCAGUCUUAGUGACCGCAAAAAUCAGCUCUUACUACCGUGUAAUAAGGUUGAAUUGAGGUUACAAUUUAGUCUAAUGCUUUUAGAGCCAUUCUAUUCGGCUACUGCACUAAAACUUUGCUUUGUUAGGAUAUAUUUUGUUGGAUUCACAUGAUAUUUUUCAACCGACUCGCCAUCUAGCGAAAUUGGUAGGAAACUCCGUUUUCUUAUUAAAAUAUUCAGUAUUCAAUUAGUAGUGACGUCACGUCUAAAAAUCGACUUUACCUCGAAACUGCAUUUGGUAUUGACUAAACUGUCUAUGUCCCUUUGUCUCCUAGACUUAACGAUUUUAACCUUAAUAUUCUCAGCAAUAAGGUUCAAGUUGGUGUGUAGAAACUUUUUAAUAUUACACUAUGAGCGUGAUCUGUGAUUAUUGAAUUUCAGAAUUUUUAACUAACUGUAAUAAUGCUCUUACAAAUAUAAUAAACCGUAUUUUAAAUAAUGGAGGCCGAUUGUCUUUUACACUAACUGAACCUAGUGGAAAAGAGAUAGCAAUAAUAAAAUUAAUAUUGCUAUCUCUUUCUGAUGUUUUUUUAAACUUGGAUUGUGCACAAGACAGUCAGUUAUGAUCGAACAAAACUUUACUAUGAUAAUCCUAAUUAUGGUGUUGCUUAAAGAGGGUAGUUGAGCAUUCAUUUAACAAAGAAAAUACCUGCUUUUAAAGUUGCAAAAUGUAAUUAAAACAAAAUGAGGAAUUAUCUCUAAAAAAUAACUGUAUACUUAACCAAAAUAUAGUGUUGUUAUAUAGAUCAUUUCUCCAUUUACAAUAAGCGCUCCUUCAAAUUGGGCGUUUGUCCUAACAUAUGCGACAUAAAGACGUCUGCGCGGCAAAAACGCCUACGCCGGAUAAACGCUCAAUGUGAAGGCGCUCUAAGUUUAUUUCAUCUAUUCUCUAAAUAUGCUCAACUACCCUCCACCAUAAAUAAAGAAAAAAACAAGAAUUCUAAAUAACAUGUUGUAUGGUUUGUGCCUAUAAUAAAUAAUAACUUUGUCUGUUUAAUAGAUAAUAAAUAAUUAUAAUUCAUUUCAAUAAUAAUGACUAGAAAAAUGCUGUUGCUUCUAGCGUAACAUAAAAAAUAUUGAAAUCAUUAUUAAAAGUGUUUGGUACUUAGUUUUUAAUGUACAAAAGAUAAAAUUGAUGUAUUGAGUAUUACAUUAAAUUGUUAAAUAAAUAA